AUGGCUGUUAAUCCAAACAGAAGAUUUACAAUUAUCUGGUUGGAUUCCGACGCAAACAAGAGUGAAGAUAAUCUUUGUACGCAACAAAAUCUAUUUAACUCUUUUGAUAAUGUUGAAAUAUAUGAAGAAGAAAAUGAAUGUCAACAAUAUAUUCAAUCAAAGCCACAAGUACCAUUUUUAAUUAUUGUCAGUGGUAGAUUAAGUCGAAAAAUAAUACCCAAUAUUCAUGAACUUCAACAACUUGUAGGUAUCUAUAUAUUUUGUUUAAAUAAAAAAAAUCACGAAGAAUGGUCUCAGCAAUAUUCUAAAAUUCAAGCUAUUGUUGUUGAAUUAGACGAAUUGAUUACCAAAAUUCGAUCGGACCUAAGAAUGUUUGCAAGACAGAUAGAACCAACGACAACAAUGGUUCCUACUUCAACAACAAGUAUCACAAGUUCAAAUCCUGCACUCAUAACAAGCGUGGAUGAUUAUUCAAGUCGAUCACUUGAAGGUGCAAUGGCUUCUGUAUCAAUUAAUGAUAUAACAUGUCCAUUCAAUGGAUAUAACAAAGUCUCAAUAGUAUCUCUUGAACAAGCUGUUGCUCCUCUUACUAAGAUUGUUGAUAAAAUCGAACAAAUGGUUUGGAUAGUUAAACAAAAUUGUGAUAAUCCACAAGAUGGUCUAAAUAAGGACGAAUCAGCUGCGAUAGCACUCUAUACGAUGGAAUGGUAUUCGAAAGAAAUGACUUUUAAUUACAUUCUCAAUCAAAUAUUACGUACAGAAAAUGAAUCCCAAUUGAAACCAUGGUUCUUCUAUUUGAAACUUCUUUUACACGCACUUUCAAAAUUAGAAUCAAUAAAUUCUGUUGUUUAUCAAGGUGCAAAUAAAAAUCUUAGUGAUGAAUAUCCUAAUGGACGAGUUUUUUCUACUUGGGAAUUUUCUACUUGUACAUCAUCUAUUAAAACACUUGAAGAUGAAGAAACUUUUGGAAGAAUAGGUCAUCGAACUCUUUUUACUAUUGAAUGUCAUUCAGGCAAAUCAAUUAGUAAACAUGCACAUGAUCAAUCAAAAGAUCAAGUUCUUCUUUUACCUGGUCGAAAAUUUCAAGUAAUUUCCUGUCUUAAUGCAGGCAAUAACCUUACUAUUGUUCAAAUGCAAGAAAUGGAAACAUCCUAUAAUUUUAAUUAG